AACUGCUUGCUUUGGCGUCGUUACAUUUAUUUACUGCAGUGAGCUCACCCAUGACAGCACAGUUUUCCUGGUUGGGCUUGUGUUUGUGCUGGGCGGAGUCACGCAGACCAGGCAACACAGUCAGAAGCUUUGUUAACGCUUCAUUGAGCCAAGAUGGCAGACUUCGAUGAGCUCAGCGAUGAAGAUAAGGUCCGCAUUGCAGCUAACUUUGUGAUGCACUCUCCUCCUGGAGAGUUCAAUGAAGUCUUCAAUGAUGUGCGAAUACUGCUCAACAAUGAUAAUCUUCUCAGAGAGGGGGCAGCUCAUGCCUUUGCCCAGUACAACAUGGAUCAGUUCACCCUUGCCAAAAUUGAUGGCUAUGACGAUCAGGUCCUGAUAACGGAGCAUGGAGACCUGGGUAAUGGCCGCUUCUUUGACCCUCACAACAAGAUCUCCUUCAAGUUUGACCACCUGAGAAAGGAAGCCAGCGACCCGCAGCCCCAUGAGGGCGAAGCAGCUCUGAGGUCAUGGAGGGACGCCUGUGAUACAGCCCUGAGGGCCUACAUCAAGGAGCACUACCCCAGUGGAGUUUGCACCGUUUAUGGGAAAACAAUUGAUGGCCAGCAGACCAUUAUCGCUUGUAUUGAGGGACACCAAUUUGAGCCUAAAAACUUCUGGAACGGUCGCUGCCGGUCUGAAUGGAAGUUCAGUGUCUCACAGUCUACAGCACAGGUGGUCGGAGUUCUGAAAAUACAGGUACAUUAUUAUGAGGAUGGAAAUGUGCAGCUUGUCAGCCACAAAGAUGUGCAGGAAGCACUGACUGUGUCUAAUGAGAGCCAGACUGCAAAGGAGCUUGUGAAAAUUAUUGAGGAGGCAGAGAAUGAAUACCAGGUGGCCAUCAGUGAGAACUAUCAGACCAUGUCGGACACCACGUUCAAAGCCUUACGCAGACAACUGCCAGUCACCCGCAUGAAGAUCGACUGGAACAAGAUCCUCAGCUACAAGAUCGGCAAGGAGAUGCAGAACGCUUAGAGGACAGAAGCUGCUGAGGGUUAUGACAAACAAAUUGAAGAGAAGCUGAUGCUCGCGCAAACACGUGUGACGCAACAUAACGUACUGUAUGUCCUUCUAAAAGAGACAUUUGUUUGGGUUUUUCUUUUCCAGAGAAUGAGAGCUUCUGUUAUGCACUACGAGGGGAUGCCUUUAUUUUUAAAUUGACAUUGAGUGGUGCAACUGUCGCUCAUUUGCAAACAUAUAGUUGUUGUUUGUUUUUUUUUAACAAAUAAUGCCUUUCGUGAGACUGAAAGUUUGGGACACUCCUGCUGUUUCAAUUCUCACAGUCACAUGUUUAACACAUACACCGUCUGAUCCCUGAGUGCUCCACAAAUCCUCCCAAAAACCUCUCGACUUUCAUGUAGCAACUAAUUUUUCUCUAUAUGACAUAACUGAUGUUCUUAAAGAGCUUCCAAUACCUCUAUAGUUUUGUAUUAACAGAGGGCAAAUACUGUAUGCAAUUCGAUAUAUUGACUGACUGGAGGGACACGUGACAACGCCAAAUGAUUCAGUUUAUGUUUCAGUCAGAGGAUCCCUCUGGAUGUGGGGUUCUAGCCAGCGGACAUGCCAAAGCAUACAUUUGUCUUUUUCCCAUUCACUGAUGGUAUUUUGUCUUCCCUUUUGGUUCUGUCUUUCCUUUCUAUUGUAGAAAGAUAUUUUCGGUGAUAAUCCCUCUAUACCCCACCCUGCCGGACUGAUAAAGUAUUGGUGUCCUCCUGCCAGCUGUUUGCCUUUAGCUUUUGCUAUAUUUUUUUAUACAAACUGUAAGUACAUUUAUUAUUCAUGAAAUAAAAAUAUGAUCUUCAA